GCAAUCGGCAAUUGGGCGCACGGGUGAGGUGCAGUAGCUCGCUUGUUUCCUAAGCACCCGGUUAGGAUAUGCUACCGUUCUGAAUCUUCUCAACAGGCGAAUCUAGUCUCACUCGACCCGCUGUCCCAAUGAAAGGAUUUGCUUACUGUGUGUGUGUCACGUUCCGCGGAAAGGAAAGAAAUAAGUAAUGCAGGGAUUCGUGAGGUUACAGUGGUUAGGAUGACUUGCCCUCCUGCCUGCGUACUCCAUAGGGUUUAGGGGAAUAAAUGGCGUGAGCGGCAAGUGUGACGGGACAUCUAUUUACAACACUGAAGACAAAACUCUGUCAGCGUGUUAAGAGGACUUCACGUUCUGCUUCACGGUGCGCUCCAAGGGGAAGAAACUACGAGUCCCCCUGCCGCCGCUCACCGAUGGAAGUUCAAAUAUAUGACGUAUGCAUUGAACGGUAACGUGCAAAACCGAGCGCUUCCUAGCUUAUGUUUGACCUAGGUCCAGGUUUGAAUAGACAAAGUAAAGCUGAGAGUAGCUUACGGGUUGUUUUUAUAGCCUAAUGUUCGCUACCCAUAAGGUUAUCCACGUCGUCUUGAAAUGUUACAACUUGUCCGACGAGGGAGAGUGAGGAGAUGGCUUUUAAGUCGCCCACAUGCGCUGGAUCAAUCGCUUAUUAGGGGAACGGAUUCUGAAGAAGAGGGAAGAAGCGAGUUGGAAAUCCUUACAGCCUGGAAGAUGGCGGAGCGGUGUAGCCGGAGGUGGUGAAAGGCAAACUUCGAGCCACUUAAGAUUUAUUUGCAAACACCGCUGUCCGGCUCGUAGUACACAUGCAGGCUAAAAAGCGAUAUCUAAUUUCGCUGUUGACUGGCGCAUUUCUGGUUCUCCUGUUUUACUUUGGUGGGGUCCCGGGUCCAGCUACGGGCAGAAGCCGGUAUGACCGUAUCCGCAAUGGAUACCGAUCAGACCAGCCAUGGCCACACUUUUCAGACCGCUUACAAUCAUUCAACCCCUGGGAUCAGACAGAUACAGAGGAAUAUAAUAUUCACAUAUCUCCUAAGCAGAAGAGGGAUGUUAAUACAAGCGUUUACAAGGGCAAACGGUGCCGCAUGGAUUCAUGUUUCGAGUUCUCUUUGUGUAAAAGAAAUGGCUUUAAAGUGUACGUAUACCCUCAGCAAAAGGGGGAGAAAAUCUCAGAAAGUUAUCAGAACAUUUUGUCAACUAUUGAAGGUUCUCGGUUUUACACAUCUGACCCUAGCCAAGCAUGUCUAUUUGUUUUGAGCUUGGACACGCUUGAUCGCGACCAGCUAUCGCCACAAUAUGUACACAAUCUAAAAACCAAGGUGCAGAACCUGCCUCUUUGGAACAAUGGUCGAAAUCACCUCAUAUUUAACUUGUACUCAGGCACAUGGCCGGACUACACGGAAGACUUGGGAUUUGAUAUCGGCCAAGCUAUGCUGGCCAAGGCGAGUAUCAGCACCGAGAACUUCAGACCUAAUUUUGAUGUUUCUAUCCCGCUCUUCUCCAAGGAGCAUCCGAGGACCGGUGGGGAGAGGGGAUAUUUGAAGUACAACACCAUUCCACCUUUUAGGAAAUACAUGUUGGUAUUUAAGGGGAAACGCUAUCUCACCGGUAUUGGGUCGGACACGCGGAAUGCCUUAUACCAUGUCCAUAACGCAGAGGACGUGGUCCUUCUCACUACCUGUAAACAUGGCAAGGACUGGCAGAAACACAAGGACGCACGCUGCGACAAGGACAACGCCGAAUAUGACAAAUAUGACUACCGUGAAAUGCUCCAUAACUCCACCUUCUGUCUGGUGCCACGAGGUCGGCGGCUCGGGUCAUUUCGCUUCCUGGAGGCGCUGCAGGCAGCCUGUGUGCCCGUCAUGCUGAGUAACGGUUGGGAGCUCCCUUUCUCUGAAGUCAUCGACUGGAACACAGGCGCUGUGAUUGGAGACGAGAGGCUCCUGUUGCAGAUCCCCUCCACAGUGCGUUCCAUCCAUCAGGACAAGAUCUUGGCUCUGAGGCUUCAGACACAGUUCCUGUGGGAGGCUUACUUCUCAUCAGUGGAGAAGAUUGUCCUCACUACUGUAGAAAUCAUUCAGGACAGAGUCCUACAGCACACAGCUCGGAGCAACCUGAUGUGGAACAGCCAUCCUGGAGGCCUCUUCACACUGCCCCAGUACUCCACCUAUCUGGGGGACUUCCCCUUCUACUAUGCUGGGCUGGGGAUCAAGGCACAUCCCCGGUUCACUGCAGUCAUCCACGCCGUCACGCCCCUGGUUUCACAGUCCCAGCCCAUCCUCAAGCUCCUGAUGGCUGUGGCCAAGUCGCCAUACUGCUCUCAGAUCAUUGUAUUGUGGAACUGCGACAAACCUUUACCUGCUAAGCAUCGGUGGCCUGUCACCUCUGUGCCAGUCAUAGUGAUUGAAGGAGAGAACAAGGUGAUGAGCAGUCGCUUUCUGUUAUAUGAGAGCAUCACCAAUGAUGCUGUGUUGAGUUUGGACGAAGACACUGUGCUCUCAACCACAGAGGUGGACUUUGCCUUCACUGUAUGGCAGAGCUUUCCCGAGAGGAUCGUUGGCUACCCUGCCCGCAGUCAUUUUUGGGACAGUAAUAAGGAGCGCUGGGGCUACACCUCCAAAUGGACCAAUGAUUACUCCAUGGUUCUAACUGGAGCUGCCAUCUACCACAGAUAUUACCACUAUCUAUAUACCCACUUCCUGCCCAGCAGUCUGAAGAACAUGGUAGACCAGCUGGCUAACUGUGAGGACAUCCUUAUGAACUUCCUGGUAUCAGCCGUGACCAAGCUGCCACCCAUCAAGGUCACACAGAAGAAGCAGUAUAAGGAGACCAUGAUGGGACAGUCGUCCCGAGCGUCACGCUGGGCAGACCCGGACCACUUUGCCCAGCGACAGACAUGUAUGAACAAGUUCGCCAGCUGGUUUGGCGCCAUGCCCCUGGUCCACUCCCAAAUGAGACUGGACCCAGUCCUGUUCAAGGACCAGGUCUCCAUCCUCCGCAAGAAAUACAGGGAGAUUGAGCGGCUCUGACCAGAAGGGCACCGCCUACUGGGCAUACAGGAGGUGACACUGAAGCACUCUGUGGAGAGGAAUAGGACCACAGCAGAGCAGCUGAUUAGCUGUGGCUCCAAUUCUGUGCUCUACUCAGUGCACUGUGGGAGAGCAGGCAGGCAAGAUGGGAGUGCUGUUUGGAGACUCUGGUCCACAUACACGUACCCCGAGCACACACUAUUGACCACAAGGCUUUUUUUUCAUAAUGAAUAAUGUAAAUGACUGACUAUCUUUGCCAGCACAUGACAGAAUAUGGGAGAAGGAAGGAGGGAUGCAGCAGUAUUGUGUCUUUACACUAUCUAUAUCAUGACACAUCAGGAUCUGAACUACAAAUGACCCUUAGCUCCCAGUCUUGAAACAUGCUAACAAUGCCAUGUCUCUCCCAUUUUUCAAUAAUUGCACCACUCGCACAUGAGGACUUGGAUAACUGACCACUUCUGCAUUUAGCAUAAGCAUGUCUUCUGGGGGUUGGUAAUUUUACAUACUAUCUUGGAAUGCUAGUGGGUUAGUUCUUUGCAUCAUUUCAGUAAUUUAUGUAAACAGUACACGCAUUAUGACAAAGGUAGUGGUCACAUAAGCAGAAUUUACUGCUUCAUAUCAACAAGGGUAAUGGUCUUCAUUUCUUCUUCAUUGCCAGUAUCUCCAUUAUAUUAAGGAGGCACAUUUGGACAUGCACAUGUUUUUUGCUAAUUGCUAAUUCUUUCAGUGCCAAGAUUUUAUUACUUGCCUUUUAAAAUAUGGGUGAAUAGAGAGAUGCAUUUUAGUGAUGGAAAAAACAAGCCAUUCUAGUCUCCUGUGAAGUUCUGUUUUGGGGAAAGCACUUACAUGCAUGUGGCAGGAUUCAUUUUUGACACACAGGCCAAAUUUCAGCAAGCUGUCCUUUGCCUCUUUUUCGGUGAGGGGAUGAUCAGGCUCUUGAUAUCACCUCAUUGUUCACCCUUUGUAGUUCUUUCCAUAUUGUUCCUCAUUUCCAUGUACCAGACUUCCAUCACUACUAACCAAUGUCCUCAAUUUACCUGUUUCGAAACUGGAGUGUGUUUUUUUUAUUAAAUAAAACACGUACACCUUCUGUCACUGAUUUUAUAUUAAGGGUAUUGUGCAUAGAGGGUGGACCCCUGCUCUUCUCUGCAGUCUCCUGUGCAGAAGUGUUAGUCUUUAUGAUGGAGUGGAGCUCUUUGCAAGUCUCUGCUCACAAGGUACUUGAAUGUCUGAUGACUUGAAGGAGCACCAUGCUUAAGUGGCCUUUUGUGAAGGUGACUGGACUUAAGUGAACUAGCUGUGAGCCAAAGUCUGUUUUUUCUAUUUUCUUUUUAAAUAAGCCACAAUAUAAAAGAACACACAAAAAAAACUCUUCCAUUAUAAAACUUUGCUUUUAGCCCUACCACAUUGAAAAGCAUUCUAAUGAUGGAAAAAGAACUGACCAAAUUAUUUUUAAUUACACUACAUUUAUAUUUAUUUACCUGAUAAACUACUUUUUUUUUUUUUUACAUGGUUCAAGUCUCAACGAAAUUCAAGUAGAUGUCUGCUUAAUAGUUUUGGAGCAUAGCUGUAGUACAGGAUUUAUAUUAUGUUUUGUGUUCUUUCUGAUGUGUUUUGGAAAGCUGUUCAAGUUUCCAAUUAACUUGUCAUUUAUAAUGACAAAUUCCAAUUUGUAACUGCCCUUUUUAAAUGAGGGCUGGAAUUAAAAUGGAAAAAAGAACCCCAAAGCAAAUCUGAAUAUUCAAAAUGUUUGUAUCUGAAUUUAUAUUGUCAGCCAUCUCAAUUUGGGAUUUAUAAUAGUUUCUUUCUAAAGGAGAUAAUGCUGUGCUCUGCAUACACUACAUAUGGAGAUACCAGAAAUUUCCAGAACUUUGCGGAGCUAGGUUUAAUUGCUUUGUCUUUAAACAUGACACAGUGGCAAUGUGUAAGUAACAUCUAUACAGUUGUCUUGAAACCACGGGCCCACAUCUGGUCAACUCUUAAGUUCAGUAAACCCUCUUUUUUUACUGUAUCAAGCUUUUAUCCUGUAUUCCUAACAUCCCAUUUUUAGAUUUUCAUUUCUAUUCUUGCACAAUUUCAUCGACAAAUCAUGA